GUCAAAUGAAAAGUGGAAAAAUUUUCAUCAGUUGAACGGACAAAUAAAUCGCAAUAUAAAUCAUUGAAAACUUCUAUUUUUAUUUAACAACCUACUAAAAAAUUGAUAAAUAUUUAAGCAGAGUGCAUUGCAAAAUAAUGAGAACUUAAAUUAAUACGCGAGUGAUGAUGCACCAAAUGUAUGUAAAAGAAAUACAGAAGAGAAGGGCAGAAUUGUGCCAGACGUUUGAAACAACAGAAUAGAACAGAAUCAUUUUGUAAGAAAAAAAAUUGAGUUGGAGUAUCAACAAUUUAAAAAACGACGUAGAAAAUUUAAAGUACGUGCAUAAAGGUGAAUAAAAAAUGUUUUGGGACAAAAGCUACACCCCGUCACAGAAUAUAGAGGCGCUAUUGGAGAAAGAGAAUGCUACUGUUGAGGAAUUUCUGGACGAUGAUGAUAUCCUACUGGAGUGUCGGUCACAAAAAAAGUCUAUUGUUAUUUAUUUCACUCGCACUGAUGUAAUCAGACGCCUUGUUGAACUCAUUACGACAGAACCUUCUGAGGAUCUACCCUUGGCCCAAAGAUAUCGCCAUGCGCACAUGGCUUGUGAGAUUUUAACACUUGGUUUGCCGUCCUUAGAUGAAAAGCUUUUGUCUGAUGAACAUAUAUUAGAAACCCUAUAUUCAUAUCUGGAAAAUGAACCACCGUUAAAUCCUUUGCUAUCGUCAUUUUUUAGCAAAACGUUUAGUAUGCUCUUCACAAAAAAGGCUGAACAAGAUUGGUUUUUGAAUCAACAAAUGUGCCUAAAACUCUUGGAAUACAUUAAGUCGCAAAAUAAUUUUUUGGAUUUAAUUUGUAAGCAUUUUUCCACACCCGUUAUACCCGAUUUGAUAAUGCAAAUGAUGCGAGAGGUAGAAGGUCAAAUGAAACGGAAUUUAUAUGAAUGGCUCACUGAGGAUAAACUCGUAGAGAGACUGAUUGAAUUAAUUGGCAAUCCUCAAGAAACCGACAAGCACGCAAAUGUGGCGGAAUUCCUCUGUGAUUUAAUACAACAAGGUCGUUCUAUGCGCUAUACGGAGCAGGAGAAUGACACGUUUGAGCCCACAUUUGACGGUUCAAAUCCAAUCUUGAAAUGUAUCGAAAGUGAGCGCAAUGUUGAAGCCUUGUUGAAUGUGAUUUUAGAACCAAACGCGCAAGAAAGCGCAGUCGUAUCAGGAAUAUCGGUUGUACUUAUGCUUUUAAAACCAGUUGUUUUUACUGAUGAACCUAAUUCCGAUCGUAUGAAAUUUAUACAAAAUCGUGAAAAAGAGAUUCGUGAACAAAUACUCUUUACUGUGAUUAGUGUCAUUGCACCGCGUCUUAAAGAUUUCAAUGAGUUACUUAGAAACCCGCCUAAUAAACCAGAAUUAGUGACUACAGCAGCCAAGUUAUCACAACCGUUUGGCAUGACUCGUUUGCAAAUCUGCCGUAUUUUUACAGUAUUAUUGCAGACUAAAAACGAAACAAUUUCAAAAGCUGUCUGUGAAACGGAUUUCUUCGAAACUUUAUUAAUCCUCUUCAAGCAAUAUUGUUGGAAUAAUUUUUUGCAUAGCGAAGUUGAAAAGUGUCUUCAAUUAGUAUUUUAUACAAAACUAUCAAAUAACAAUAAUUCAAUGCAAGGCAGUACAAUUGUGAAUGAUAGCUCAUUCAAUAAAACGGGAAACAAUGUGGAAAAUACAUCGUUUUUCGAUUUCAUUUUCAAGUCUGAUAAUAUCAAAGAUGAAAAUUUCGAAGUUAAUGAGGCAAACAAAAAUGUUGAAAAAGAAGAAAAAUCCAUCGAAAAGGAAGACGUCGAAAUGAAAACGGAUGAACAAAUUGGCGAAGGCAAAGGCGAAAUAGUAAGGGAAGAAAAAUCCGAUAUUAAUGAAACCGCUGCAAGUGCUAACGCCAUGGAAACAGAUGAAGGUACUGUAGAAAAGGUGACAGAAAAUGCAGAAGCGCCAACUACUUCAGAUGUUAAUGAGGAACGUAAGGAAGAUGAAAUUAACGAGCAGAACAAAACCAAAGCACAAACCGACAGUGUUCCGUCCGCACUGCAAAUACACGUAAUUGAAAAGUGUAAGCUGAUUUCGAAAUUAAUUGACUGUUGGAAAUACAACACAGAGAUGGAGUCAGCCGAAAAUGGUCGUCGUCUCGGUUAUAUGGGACAUUUAAUAAAGAUAUUCAAACAUAUUACGAAUAGUAUAUCAGAAUCUGAACAUAUCGGUGCCUUAAUUGAGAGUAAUUUAAGUGAUGAGUGUGAGUUAAAAUUGUGGCAAUCAAUUAUAAAUCCAACCGAUGGUGAUCUAACAAAGGCCUUAGCCACACAAAAUAAAAUGUUAGCGAAUUGUAAUGCCCAUGAGGCGGGCGACUACAGUCCACAUUUAUCAAAAGAUUUUGAUAACAGCACUUGGGAUUAUAUUAUGUCAUCGAAUAUGAUCAGCAAUCUUGGCUUCAAUGAUUCCAGUUCAAACGACAUAGUUUUUGCGCUUGAACAUGACAUCUAUCGCAAUAAUCUGCUCGAAAACGAUGAUAACGCCGAAAACGACCUUAAUUUGUUUCAGUUCGGUCGCAAUAUUGACGACGACGAUGACGAGAACGAUGAAAACAACGCUAGCGGUGCUGGCAGUGGCGGCGGCGGAACCGGUUCCUCUCUCUUUGGCAAAAAUGCUGUUUCCACAUCAGCUCUACAAGCGUUCGGCGUAACUAACAAUCCAUGGGAUGAUAUGGAUCCGUUCAGCGAUCUAACCGCGAAUAGCAAUGCAACACCGUGGACAGCUGAUUUCAAUUCGGAUAAUUUUGCUGAUUUCGAUUCGCAUUUCAGUUCGUUCGCCAACGAUUUGGGCGAGAGUUUAGUGAGUGCGGCAUCUACAACGUCUGAAACUGUUGCGGGUAAAGAGAACAGCAAUAACGGUGAUGGCAGUAGCGCUGCUACUGUUGGCACCCAAGCGCAACGAAACACCACCGAUAACGGUGCAAUUUUGAGUGAUAUCAGCCGUACCAUCGCGCCAGCUAUCACCAGUAGCAAGGCCGAAACUGGUUAUGAUAAUAAUGCAAAUGUUGAGAAGAGUAUAACGCUGGUAACGCAAGAGAUUGGUGAAUUUGCGGAUGGCACCGACGUCGCAGAUGAUUUGGAUGUGUCGAAUGAGAAGGCUUUGGCCACUUCGUUGGUGCGUACACUACAGUCGGUGAUGCAGGAUUCUGAGGAUGACUAUGAGGAUGAUGAGGGCAUGUGGACAAAACCGCUGGGCGGCAGUGCAGUGGGUGCGCACGAUGAUGAAAGUGAUGACAGCGAUCAGAAGUCCAAUGAGCUGCGUUUCACCAACGGCCCGAGCAGCCAAGAAGUUCACGCAAAUGAUAAUACACAUAAAUUAAACAAAACUGAUGAUGAUGACUCCAGCACAAUUGCAGCGGCGCACAUCAAUGAGAAUGCAGGCAGUGAAAACGUUCAAGUUGCCGCUACAAUUAGCGAUGCGAAACGCACAAACAGUUCCAUAUCUCUAGACACCAUCGCCGAUGUGGGUUGCAAUGCCACUGCCGUGGCUAAGACAUCAUCGACUAGUAAUGCUGUUGACAUUGCGCCAACAACAACAUAAAUGAAAUUGUGCUGGCACAUAAAUCCAUAUAAAGAGAAAAACAUGCGUAUAUAUGUGUGUGUUGCAUACGCAGCCACUUACAUAUAUGAACUUAUACAUAUGCAGAUAUACUAUAUAUAUUAUAAAAAAUAAUAAAAAUCGCUCAAAGACAUGCAAAUACACUGCAGCAAAUUGAUAAACUUUUGAUGCGUCCAAUGACGCUUCACGCCAAAGGUUGAGGUACCGCCCAUGUAUAAACUUAAAACUUACUAAUUAUAUCAACGUACAUACAUACAUAUAAACAUACUCAAAAACCAUGCACCCAAAUGUGCAUAUGUCUACAUUGAUGCUGCACAAAGGUAUUCUUAAAAUAAUAAAAGCAAAUAGUCAUAUGUAAGAAAAAUAAAAAACCACUAACCCAAACACCUGUAAACUGAAAUAUGUAGUAGUGAAAGUAAAAUCGAAGAAAAGCAGCAACACUGUCAAAGUCCAAGUUUCACCAAGAAAAUAGUUGAACACAGUACAUUUCUCAUCGAGUUCGUUUCAAACUAUCCACUGUGGUGAUCUAAAAACUUUAUAAUAUUUACAAAAUUAGAAGAAAAAAAAAAUAUUGUAAUGGAAACGAAAAAUCAUAACGAACUUACAAACUUUUACCUAAACAUAAACGAUUAUAUGUACAUUAGUGCAAUUAUGGCUAGUAAUGGUAUUGUUUACCUAAAUAUUACUUAAUUUUUUUCUGCAUAAGAUCAGACUAACGAUAGUAUGUAUGCACAUUCAAGUAAAGUUGAGGUUGUGUGCAGUAGUAAUAAAUAUUAAUAAGCAUUGCAAAUCAAUAAUAAUUUUUCUAAAAAUUGUGCUGGUAAAAUAGCACAAAACAUAACAUAAAAACUAGUUGCUAAAAAAACGAGCUACAUUAGUAAUGCACAAACGGUAAAUAACACAAACAAUGUUCACUAACAGUUAUGUGUGCAAAUAAUAUUGGUUGCAUGAUGCAAUAGAUAAUGAUUAGGCGUACAAAAUUAAGUAUAUUAAACGCAUUAAAAGUAACAAUGAUAAGAAAUUGGCCAUAAAAAUAUAUAGACUGGUUUGUAUUUUCUUUUAAAAAAUCAAAGAUCUUCAAGCCAAAUUGUAAUGGGAAACUGACUUGAGUAAAGUUGUACCAAAUUUUAUAUAUUUUUUUUUUAUUUUUGUUUUAAUUUUUCUUCACAGCUAAUAGCUAGCUCAUAUAUUGCUAAGAGAAUACAUUUAGUAUGAUUGCGCUUUAUAACUGCUGCAUACACCUUCAGUGCACUUGAAUAAUGUUGUUGUGUCGUUAUUAUUAUUAGUAUAGUAGAAUUAACACCAAAUUAAAAAAAAAAAAAAAAAUACUUACCCGCCCAAAUAAAUCAAUGUAUGUACUAUUACCGCAGCAGCAAAAUCUAGUAACUUAAGAAAUAUAAAACAAUAAAGGACAAACAACGAACGGACUGCUCAAAACGUACAGACACCAUAUGAUAAAUGCAUACAUAUUUAUACAUAUAAUACAAUUUAUAAAAUAAACUUCAAAGAAACACAUAAAAAGUGCUUAAGAAAAGCCUAUGAAUAUAAGAAAAUAUUCAAAAAAAAAAAAAAAAAAA